AUGGACCAUCUGCAGCCGUUCACCUUUGGUCCCCGUUUCCAGUCAGAGCCCAAGAUGAAACCUGCGCCGCUUGAUCGGCCUUCGUUUACGUUCAUCGAUCACGAUGAUGAUCUGACCUCCAAGAGGAUCAAAGAUGUCAAUGCUCGCAAAGCCAUUCGCUCUCAUGUCAUGCGCGAUGUGCGCCGGCGUGAGAGGCUUGCAGGAUUGAAACGAACCUCCAGACGUGCUCAACAUGAUGCUCCAAAGGUUGCCGAGGACGAGGACGAGCAAAGAUUGGUGGUAAGGGCUCAGUCGCAGUCAUCUGCCUAUUCUUCAAUCCUAGACUCAGACAGUCUCAACUAUCCUUUGUAUCCAAGAGGACGUCCAGCGAGAUGGUCUGCUGGUUAUCCUUUGCCACUCCACUCAAAUCCAAACCCACCCACCUCAUGGUUCCUCGAUCCGUUCUCUACCUUACCAGGCACCAGUGAGCUUCCUUUGAUGGUUGCCCACUUGGUGUACUACUGGUGA